AGUAUCGCCAUAUUUGUGAUUGUUUCAUUUCAUAUUCGACGUGGUGUUUGUGUGAUCUGGCUGAAGAUCCAGCCAAAAUGAGGGUCAAACUAGACCAUGAAAACUCUAACAUGUACAGAUGCUGCUUUUGUUGUCAUGUCAGGACAGGGACUGUGAUUUUGGGUCUGUGGCGUUUGCUGACCCAGCUCCUUGUGCUCACUAUCCUGACUGUGGCCAUGAUUCAUCCAGAGGUUCUCAAGGACAACAUGCCAGGCUCUGACACCAGCGUCACAGCUGAGGGUGACAACCUGUCCUGUAGAUUUCAGUACCACAGCUGGUUUGAACAGAGAUCCUUCACAAAGGGUAAGUCUUUGGUCUAUGGUCAAACCACAGCAUACGAUUUUUUGAACAUGCAUGGAAAAUGGGAGAUUCAGGAAAAAGUUACACUAAAGGGUUCAGAUAGCAGUAGAACAGACCUCUGUGUUGCCCAGCUGCUGACCUUCUGCAUGUUUAUCAUCACCCUCUUACUGGUUUAUGGAGCAGCUCGUGGCCGUCCUGGGUACCUCAUGCCCUUCUUCUGUAUCCAAGUGUUUGACUUCUGCCUUGCCUGUCUGGCUGCUGUUGGCUACUUCUCAUACAUGCCCAAUGUCAAGGAAUGGAUGACCUGUCAGCUGCCAAAGGAAUUCCCUCUGCGCGAAAACCUCCUUUCUAUGGAUGGAGAAUGGCUCAUGUUGCUUGUUGUGAUCUCCUUCGUGCUGGUGCUUUCCCUAAAGGCUUACCUGGUUGGUGUGGUGUGGUCGUGCUACAGAUACCUGCAGCUCACCCAAGCCUCUUGCAGCAAUGUGCGCGAGUUUACAGUGGAUCCAGACACUGAGAUGCUUCUGCCUCCCAAGUAUGAAGAUGUUAUAAAGAUGACUAAUGAGCAGGCUCCACCUCCACCAUAUGCCCCAAAUUGAGGGGUAUCUGGGCAAUUGAACCAAACUGCCCAAGCCGGAGAGAGAAUGGCGUGAGCAAGCACUGUCUUAAUGUGAUUUCACAAAUAUUUAUUGUGUGGAAUAUUAUUCAGAUAAACCGUGGAAACAAUUUUGCCUCAAUAUUUUACUUCUACAAUUGCGUUUUUUCCUUUUUGGUUUUUUUUUUCUUUUGUUUUAUUGAUGUUUAUAUCAUCACACAGUUUGUUCAUUAUGAUGUAACUUUUAAUAGGAAAGCGUUAAAGGAUUUUAUGCUGAUGUAAUUUUGUUCACAUUUUCCCUUUAGUAAAGUGCAAAAUUAUGAAAUACAUUUGAGUUUGAUAAAUGUAGAAUGUUAUAUUGUAAAUAAAUGCUCACGGUGGUCUUUGCUUUUGCUUAUUGUGGUACCUCUGUAUUUGAUCUACAUAGCGUGUGGGUUGUUAAACAGUAGCGCAAAAUGGGGAAUACUUCAUGAUCUAUUAUAGAAACACAAGUAUAAAGGUAUUACAUGGCCAAUUCCAUAAAUUCUUGCAAUGUUAAGAUUUAACUGUUGUAUAUUUACCUGAUUCACAUUUUGUCUUACACAGAAAUGGUACUGACUGUGUGAAGAUUUGCCAGUCGAAUAGCGAUUGUUUUUAACGAGAGUGUCAUUUUACACUAUUGUGGUUUGUGGCAAUUGUGCUCCUGUGGGUGAAAUUUAAUGUUUUAACUCUAAAUGGACAUGAAUGUAUACAUGUAUAUAUUUAUAUAUCUAUAGAAAUGGUACAUACAAAAGACUUACCUGGACUCAUGUUCACUUUUUGAAGGAAAGAGUUUGAACAAUUAGUGUUACUUCUCACACUGAUGAUGUUAAAAAGUUCAAUAAAUUCUUUUUUCCAUCGUUAUACCCACUCUCUUAUGCUUUGAAGGAUGUCUGAAUUACUUGCAAACGUAAGAAUAAUAUUUAAUGAAGAAAAAGUACAAUACAUCGUCUUUCACAAAUCCUUUCCUUUUCCAAGUGAAAACACCUGUACAAGUAAAGAACUUUGAGUGUUACUUGUUAAGAAAUUGUCAUUUUCUUCGGUGUCAAUAAAGAACAA